UGUGUGUGUGUGUGUGACAGCUGCUGUGUGUGAGCUCAGCUCAGUAAAGCUUCAUCUCUAAUAGGAUGAGCAGCCGCUCGCUCGUCUAGCUGUAUGCGCCGCUCAUUGUUCGCUUCGCCGUUUCUCCGGGUUCGGUUUCCGCGGAUCGGUCGGUCGGUGAUCGGGAUUUCUCAUGGAUCUAUCGAUGUGAAGAAGCUGUCACACGCGGCUGAAGUUCAGAAGUGAUCGAGCGGAGCGGAGGACUCAAACAUGCGGUCUCAGGCCUUGUUGCUGUAUUUCACCGUGCUGCAGACGGCCAGAGCCGCUUUCCCAGAAGACACCGAGCCAAUCAGUAUUUCACACGGCAACUAUACCAAACAAUACCCAGCGUUCGUGGGCCACAAGCCGGGCAGGAACAACACGCAGCGGCACAAGCUGGACAUUCAGCUGAUCGUCAUCAUGAACCGCACGCUCUACGUGGCCGCGAGGGAUCACAUCUACACGGUGGACAUCGAGACGGCCAACACAGAGGAGAUCUUCUUCAGUAAGAAGCUGACCUGGAAGUCCAGACAGGCCGAUGUGGACACCUGCAGGAUGAAGGGAAAACACAAGGACGAGUGCCAUAACUUCAUCAAGGUCCUGCUGCAGCAGAGCGACGACUCUCUGUUCGUCUGCGGGACCAACGCCUUUAACCCGUCCUGUCGCACCUACAAGAUGGACAGUCUGGACGCCGUGGGCGAUGAGAUCAGCGGAAUGGCGCGCUGCCCGUAUGACGCCAAACACGCCAACGUCGCCCUGUUCGCCGACGGGAAGUUGUACUCGGCCACGGUCACAGACUUCCUGGCCAUCGAUGCGGUCAUCUACCGCAGUCUGGGCGACAGUCUGACCCUCCGGACGGUCAAACACGACUCCAAAUGGCUGAAAGAGCCGUAUUUCGUCCAGGCCGUCGAUUACGGCGAGUUCAUCUACUUCUUCUUUCGGGAAAUCGCCAUGGAGUACAACAGCAUGGGGAAGGUGGUGUUUCCUCGAGUGGCUCGUGUGUGUAAGAACGACCUCGGCGGCUCUCAGCGAGUUCUGGAGAAACAGUGGACGUCUUUCCUGAAGACACGACUCAACUGCUCCAUCCCUGGAGACUCACACUUCUACUUCAACAUCCUGCAGGCCGUGACCAGCGUCAUCCACAUCAGCGGCCGAGACGUGGUCAUGGCCACCUUCUCCACGCCCUACAACAGUAUCCCGGGAUCGGCCGUCUGCGCGUACGACAUGACAGAGAUCGCCGCGGCCUUCACCGGACGCUUCAAAGAGCAGAAGUCGCCCGAUUCCACCUGGACGCCCAUCCCGGAGGAGAGGGUGCCCAGACCCAGGCCGGGCGUCUGCGCAGGAUCUUCAUCUGGAGAGAAGUUCAAAGUGUCCAACGACUUUCCGGAUGACACGCUGAACUUCAUCAAGCUUCACCCGCUGAUGGACGAGGCCGUUCCUUCCAUCGCCAAUCGCCCGUGGUUCCUCAAGACAAUGGUUCGAUACCGCCUGACACGUAUAGCCGUGGAUAACGCUGCCGGCCCUCAUCGCAACCACACCGUGGUUUUCCUGGGAUCGGAGCGAGGAAUCGUGCUGAAGUUCCUGGCCAAGAUGCGGAGCGGCUUCCUGAACGACAGCCUGUUUCUGGAGGAGCUGAACGUCUACAACCCAGAGAAGUGCAGCAUUGACGGCGUGGAGGACAAGCGCAUCAUCAGCAUGCAGAUCGACAGCAGGAGUCACUCUCUGUUCGUGGCCUUCACCUCAUGCGUGGUCAAAGUCCCGCUGUCUCGCUGCGAACGUCAUGGGAAGUGCAAAAAGUCCUGUAUUGCCUCCAGGGACCCGUACUGUGGCUGGGUGUCAGAGGGCGCCUGUAAAGAAAUCUCAUUGGACCCAAAAUGGCCGUUCGAGCAGGACGUGGAACAGGGCAACACAGAUGGACUGGGCGACUGCCAAAACUCGUUCGUGGCUCUCAAUGAGCAUCAGCGCAGGCAGCAGGGUGCGAGCGAUAUUACCCAGAAUGCUGCACGCGGCCUCCUCACCACCGUCCCUCCUCCGGCCCCUGGGGGCCCACUGCUCCGGGGCCGCAUGGUCAAGCCGAAGGAGGCCGUGCCGUCGGGCGAUCAGAGCGACCCGUAUGUGGCCGUUCCCUCAGAGACACAGCAGGAGAGCGCCGGUGUGAUCCGCGAGACGUACCAUCGAGACCGCGAUCAGAUGGUUCCCAUCACGCUCCUGGCCAUCGCCGUCAGCCUCGCCGUCAUGGGCGCCAUCUUCUCCGGCAUCAUCGUGUACUGCGUGUGUGACCACCACCGGCGGCGCGACUUCGAGCUGCCCGGCCGCAAAGACAAGGACUCGGUCCAGUCCCGGAGGGGCUCCAUGAACAGCGUCACCAAGCUAACGGGGCUCUUCGAGACGCAAGCCAAGGACGGCCGGCCCGAGGCCAUUCUCACCCCGCUCAUGCACAACGGCCGCUUGACCAACGGAAAGAUGCUCAUCAAAGCCGACCAGCACUUGGAUCUGACCGCUCUGCCCACGCCCGAAUCCACGCCCAUGCAGCCGCGCCGCAAGCCCAGCCGAGGCAGCCGCGAGUGGGAGCGCAACCAGAACCUGAUCAACGCCUGCACCAAAGACCUUCCCUCCAUGGGCUCCCCGGUCAUCCCCACUGACCUGCCCCUGCGGGCGUCUCCAGGCCACAUCCCAAGCGUGGUGGUGCUGCCUUUGCCCCAACACCAGCACGAGUACGUGGAGCAACCUCACCGCGGAGAGCUCUCCGAUGACCAGGCCUCCACGCUGGAAUACAAGUCCCUCAAGAGCCCGGAGAGCGAGAGAGGGCCUCCGAGGGUCCCCCAGCGAGAGGCGUCUCUGGGCCCCAUGGUUCCUCAGAUGGGCAAGAGGCUGGACGUGCAUUCGUCCGUCUACGGCCGGGGCUAUCCCAUGAGCUCAGGCCUCAAGAAGCAGCACAACACCAACUCGUCCAACUCAUCCCACAUGUCCAGGAACCACAGUUUCCGGGCAGAGACGCCUCCUCCGCCCGCUCCGCAGCGAGUGGACUCCAUGCACGUCACCUCUCCGCCGCCCAUCCUCGGCCUGUCGCGCCAUCCCAGCCUGAGCUCGUACGGCUCGCUCUCCAGGCAUCUCAAGCCGGACGUUCCUCCGAAGCCCAGUCUGGCGUCCCUUUCCACGAAAGCCAAGUCCGGAGACUCCUGCACAUAAUCGGGAGCUUGAAAGUGCGUCUGCUUUGUACAGCUGUGUGUGCAGGAAACGCAACUCACUUUGUCUGUUUUGUAUAUUUUGUAAAACAUGUCGAGCUCAGGCUGAUGCGUCUCCAGGAACAAGGAGGAACUGGCUGCAUUGUUGCCAAAAGCACAGCGGAGAAGCUUCGAGAGACGCCAAGCACUUGGACGCAGCAGAAGCUGGAGUAAACUGUGAAGAGCCGCCGCUCCGGACGAAGCAAUCGAGUUCUGCCUUCGCGCAAGAGUCUACUGUAAACGUCGACUGAAUAACACGUGACUGUUAAUACUAAUAGCGGGUUGUAUUUAUUUUUUAAUAAAGUGCUUUUGCAGAGAGAGCGUCUCGAGCGAGACGGCAAGGAUGGUUUUAAUUUGAAUUAAUCUAUUUAAAGUCAUUAAACUGGAGCCAGUACUUCUGUCCACUAACUCUAGCUAAGCAAAGUCGGAGAUGACUCCGUGAGGAAGGAGUAUUUCUCGAGCCGUGCCAGAGGGGCUUGUGGGUAGACAGGAACUCCUCGAUCUCACCAGUCCAUUCUCCAGAUGCUUUCAGACGGACGUUUUCUUCUCGUUCAUGUCCAAACAAGCCUGUUUUUCUCCUUCCACCUGUAAAUUUGUGCCUUACACCCCUGAGUAGUGAAGCGUUUGUUAGCUGUUAUCUGUCGUAGUUCUUAUGAUGGCGUUCGUUUCCCUCGUUUGAUUAUUAAAAAAGAAACAAAACAAAACAAAAAAAACGCGUAAUUGAAGAAUGUAGGUGUUGUCGUCGUCGUCGACUCCUUUUGCUAACCACAAAUCGUGCUUGAUUUCUGAUUGUGCCAAUGAAUCGGCCCUCUCGUCGUGCUGGAAGAAUGUUUGCUUUUGUUUUCCUUUGUCCUUUUUUUACUUUUCACAAAGUCAAGAUGAUGUUUUACACUGUUUGUAGAUGACUUGUUGUGUAUCUGUGGAUAUCGGGCUGCUUCGAGGCAAUAAGAGAAAAACACACAAGCGAAUUGGAUAUGACGUUUCUCCCAAACACAAACACACAUGCAAGCUUUCUAAUGUAUAUGAUCAAACACAGUUUUUAGGCAGUGAAUACAGGCUGGCUCCUGUGUAGAUAUGCACUCCAAUAAUAUUAGGAAACAGAUUAAUGUUUUCAAUGUUUGUGACAGAUUCCGAUUAAUAUAAUUUUCUAGCUCUAUGGUUGUGACGUAAUACGAGGGAUUGUUAUUUAACUAUUUUGACACACGUUUUAUUGAACUUGACGUCCAGAAAUCUCAAGUUUUGGCUUUGUAGAUGUCACCCAACGCCCGGGCCGUAGCGAACGGAGCCCGAGGUUCCCGAGCUCUGGUGCCUUUCUAGACGCCACUAGACUUUGGAAGUGGAGUUUGUACUCUUGUAUGAUAUGGUUUUGUCACCGGCCCUCUCCCACGUCUGAUUCACAGCUAAAUGUAUGUUGUAAAGAAAUUCUCUUUAAUAAAUGGAAAAAGUAAUAAAAAAGUUUCAGACUCUCGUCA